AUGUCACCCUUCCUGAGGAUUGGGCUGUCCAAUUAUGACAGCGGCCCCUACCUCCCAUCGCAAGGAGACGUGAUCGAUCCCUAUUGCGCCGUGAUGGUGAAGGAGGCGGUGGAGGCCGAGAAAGGCCAAGUGUUUGUCCAGAAGAAGCCGACAAUGUAUCCACCUUGGAACAGCACUUUUGAUGCCCACAUCCACAAGGGCCGGGUCAUGUCCGUUGUGGUGAAGGACAAGACUGCGGAGAUGGUCUCGGAGACCACCGUGGAACUCAACCUUGUUGCUGAAAAGUGCAAGAAAAGUAAUGGGAAAAUUGAAAUUUGGCUUGAACUAAAACCCCAAGGAAGGAUGUUAAUGAACGCAAGAUACUUUUUGGAAAGUACCGAUGAUCCAGAGUUUAUCGACUGCGAAAAGGAGGGUUUUUUCUCGCUACAUCAACGGAGGGGAGCCAUUAAGCAAGCGAAGAUUCAUAAUGUCAAGUGCCACGAGUUUACAGCCACUUUCUUCCCCCAGCCCACGUUCUGCUCUGUUUGCCACGAAUUUGUCUGGGGGCUUAACAAGCAAGGCUACCAGUGCAGACAAUGCAAUGCUGCCAUUCACAAGAAGUGUAUCGACAAAGUCAUCGCAAAGUGUACCGGAUCGGCUAUCAACAGUAGAGAAACCAUGUUCCACAAGGAGAGGUUUAAGAUUGACAUGCCCCAUCGCUUCAAGGUCUACAAUUAUAAAAGCCCCACCUUCUGCGACCAUUGUGGAACGCUGCUCUGGGGCCUGGCACGGCAGGGCUUAAAAUGCGAUGCCUGCGCGAUGAACGUCCACCACAAAUGCCAAACCAAGGUGGCAAAUCUUUGCGGCGUGAACCAGAAACUCAUGGCGGAAGCGUUGGCACUGAUUGAGAGCAGGCAACAAGCUCGAAGUCUACGUGAUUCAGAGCAGAUUUUACGAGAAGGACCGGUUGACAUCUCCUGCGUGAAGGAGGAGCAGCCAGAACCCCCAACAGGCAGAAAAGAGCCACAGGGAAUUUCCUGGGAAUCCCCAGCAGAUGACAUCACAGUUUCGGAUUCUCCAGUGGAACUGGAACCGAGGAAAGACAUCCAAGCAGAAUUGCCAAAGUUAACCAUAGAUGACUUUUACCUGCACAGAACGCUGGGGAAGGGAAGUUUUGGCAAGGUUUUCCUUGUGGAACUCAAAACCACAAACCAGUUUUUCGCCAUGAAAGCCCUGAAGAAGGAGGUGGUCCUGAUGGAUGACGACGUGGAAUGUACCAUGGUGGAGAAGCGGGUCCUCUCGCUGGCUUGGGAGCACCCAUUUCUCACCCACGUCUUCUGUACUUUCCAAACGAAGGAGAACCUCUUUUUUGUCAUGGAGUACCUCAACGGUGGAGACCUGAUGUUCCAUAUUCAGAACUGCCACAAAUUUGAAAUGGACCGAGCAAGGUUCUAUGCUGCUGAAAUCAUCUGUGGAUUGCAAUUCCUUCAUUCCAAAGGCAUCAUCUACAGAGACCUCAAGCUUGAUAAUGUUCUCCUCGACAAAGAAGGCCACAUCAAGAUUGCUGACUUUGGUAUGUGCAAAGAGAACAUGUUAGGGGAUGCUAAAACCAGCACUUUCUGCGGGACCCCCGAUUAUAUUGCCCCUGAGAUUCUUCUUGGGCAGAAAUACAACAUGGCGGCUGACUGGUGGUCCUUCGGGGUCCUUCUGUAUGAGAUGCUGAUUGGCCAGUCCCCCUUCCACGGCCAGGAUGAAGAACAGCUCUUCCAGUCCAUCCGCAUGGACAGCCCAUUCUACCCCCGCUGGCUUGACAAGAUUGCAAGGGACCUCUUAGUAAAGCUUUUCGUUAGAGAGCCAGAGAGACGGUUGGGAGUGAGAGGGAACAUCCGCCAACAUGGCUUCUUUCAAGAGAUCUGUUGGGAAGCUUUGGAAAGGAAAGAGAUUGACCCACCUUUCAGGCCUGUCGUGAAAUCGCCAGGAGACUGCAGCAACUUCGACAAGGAAUUCCUCAACGAAAAGCCCCGGCUCUCCGUCGGAGACCGGACCCUUGUCAACAGCAUGGACCAAAACAUGUUUAGGACUUUUUCGUUUACCAACCCCAUCAUGGAGAAAUUGCUGUCCUGA